AUGGCUAAGAGAACGCUGGGCUUGAGCAAGCAGAACAGAGACUUGAAAAAGCAGAAAAAAUCCGAAAGUCCCACGCCAGAAGCUACUCCAACUAACCAAAUCACUGUUGAAGUCGACGAUAAUGUGGAUCCAGACAACGAACUGGUGCAACUGAAAGGUCUUUGGAAAACGUAUUUCGAUUCCGAUAGAAAUGACGAGCUUGUGCUUAAUGGAAUUGUUCAUGAAUGCGAUCGACUACUGCGCAACGAUGAGGAGUCUUCUGAGCCAGCCAAGGGCAAAGACACCAGUGAUGUUCCACCUUUAGAACUCUCAGACGAAUUCCAUGCAAUCUACGCUCUUGCGCUCAGCGAGUUGACCAUUUUUAAAGCCGGUGAAGAUAACAGUGAGGAAACCGUUUCCGGGUUCUUUGAUGCUGCCAACGAAAGGUGCCAGAGUGGCCUCGAUGCAGAGCCAGAAUCGGCCUUACUCAAGUUAGUGAGAGCUAAAGUAGCAUUACAAAGAAUUCCAUUAGAGUUCAUCUCAAAAUUGACGGUCAAAGACAAAAACGCUUCGAAACUGAAACUUCACGAAUUGUUGGAACAAGCCAAACAAGAUCUACAAGUAAAUAGCCAAUAUCCAGAGUUGACUUUCGAGGUUUUAGAGCUAUUUGAUGAUCUCUUAGAUAUCGUUGAAAACUUCGGCCACGAAGACGAAAUUGACGAGGGGCUAGAUAGCGAUGCUGAGGAUGAAUUGAAAGAGAUCACUCUUUCUUCGAAACAUCCGUUGUUUCUAAUCCGUAAAGAGAUUCCCACCAACUACUCGUUUUUGCGGGAACAGUUGAAAAACCUGUUAGCUGUGGUUUCACAAAGCAACCCAGAAGGAACAAAACUGUAUCACUUGGUGGCUAGAAAACUUGGUCAACUUUAUUUAAGAGCUGCAGAAAACCCUUCACAGAUUUUCUUGCAGUUGACCUACGAGAAUGAUGAUGACGAGCAGGCAAUUGAUGGGAUCUCUGGGCCUGAUGCUCAAAAGGAGGCUCUUGCGUACGUAACUGAAGCUAUCAAGUUCUUGGAGCAAGCUCGCAAAGAUGACGAUCCCCAGACCUGGGUGGACGUUGCGGAAGCCUUGACAGAUGCCGGAAAUUUAUACAAUGCCGAAUCCAAGGACCAAGAGGAUUGCUAUGCCAAAGCCGAAAAAAUAUUGAGAAAAGCCAAUAAGGCUACUCACGGCAAGUACCAGGAUAUUCUGGAUAAUCUACUUGGAACGAAAGAAGACUCUGAAUAG